CAUAAUAUGUCGGUUAACCACUUGAACGUCAAAUCUGACAUUCUAAUUUGAAAACUUGAUCGUUGCUGUUGCGCGCUCCGUUUUCUUAUUGGAUUUCUUUCUCUUUGCAUUCGCGAUCCUUGAUAGUAAAACGUUGAGUCGAGCUAAUGCUCCUCCGUUCUAACUUCAGGUCUUGUGUGUGUUGAGAAAGUGACUGAGAUAGUGACUCUGUUAUACCUACGUGUCGUGUUGAGAUAGUGACUCUGAGAAAGUGAACUUUUACUUUUGUUUAUGUGCUUGUGUGACCACAACCAUGCCUCAGAAGAUCUGCUGUGUUUCUUCAUGCAAAUCAUCACUUCAAAAUGGUGCCAUUCUUCAUAGCUUUCCGAAUCCAUUGAAAGAGUUGGAAAAGUUUCGCACAUGGGUGAAAAAUGCUGGUAUUGAUGGAGAGGAUGACAAACAUAUAUUUGCCAACAGAAGAAUUUGCCAUCUUCAUUUUAAUAAAAUAUAUCAUUACCCGAAAAACAGAUUGAGCAAACUGGCAAUUCCAACACUGCAUCUUCCAGAUGUCCCAUCCAGUUACACAGCAGAGCCUAUGGACGUGUGUGAGCAGCAGCCACCCACAUAUAAAGAGAUCUAUUGUGGUCCUAAUACUAGUGCACCACAACCAACUUCUAAAAGGCCUCAGCCCAUGACAAUGGAUGACCAGCAGCCAAGCACGAGCACUAUGACUUACACUGGUGUUACUAGAAGUGCACCACAACCAACUUCUAAAAGGCCUCAGCCCAUGACAAUGGAUGACCAGCAGCCAAGCACAAGCACUAUGAUUUACACUGGUGUUACUAGAAUCGGGUAA